AUGUUACCUUUUGCUGUCGUGGAGUUCCCAAACGACGGACUGGCGGUAAUAUCCACAAAGUGGUUUACAGGACCCGACGAAGGCGAAUGCUACUGGCCACCCCCGAAGACAAACUUCACCAGGGCAGCGAUGAAAGAAAGAGAUCCUUCCAGUGACUGGGUCAAGUUCAAAGUCACUGUGAGGAGAAAAGCCGCAACAUAUGACAUUGCCCAUGCAAAGUUACUGGAGGAGGAACACAGGAAUUCUGAUGUAGCAACUGACCCCGAGUGUUCAGACAAUAUGGGCCGGGGGAAGCGCAAAAGGAGGGCAGUGGUCAUGUCCAGCGAGGAUGAGGAUGAUGAUGACAUCCAUGAACAGGCAUCUCCUUCACUUCCGAGGCUUCCAUCUACUCUGCAAUUCAUGCAAAUGCCUCCACCUCUUCAUCCUCCACACGGGUCUCAGCAACCGCCUCCACUUCCAAGGCCUCCAUCUACUCUGCAAUUCAUGCAAAUGCCUCCACCUCUUCAUCCUCCACACGGGUCUCAGCAAACGCCUCCACCCGGGUCUCAGCAAACGCCUCCACCUAGGUCUCUGCAAACGCCUCCAUCUAGGUCUCUGCAAACGCCUCCACCCGGGUCUCUGCAAACGCCUCCACCCGGGUCUCUGCAAACGCCUCCACCUAGGUCUCUGCAAACGCCUCCACCCGGGUCUCUGCAAACGCCUCCACCCGGGGCUCCGCAAACGCCUCCACCUCUUCAUCGCGCCACCGGGGCUCUGCAGGCUGCAGAAACGCCUACCACCCAUGAGUCUUCAAUCCCCAGACAAAACGUGCGGGAUGGCAUGUUUAGACGCAUUUUGACCCUCCUUGAGAACAUGAAAGACACUCAGCUGAACCAUGGGAGGAUUCUCCAAGCACUUCUCCAAAAGCAAGACAACGUGGCCGACCUAACUCGUACUCCUGAGGGUUUCCCGCUCAAGACAAUUAAUGAUGUCAUCUGCAUGGAGGAAAAGCUGGCGAACCCUACCUUCAUGUCAGAACUGAUUGCAGCUGUGGCGGACAUUGGAGGGGCCACUGUUGACGGGGCCACCCGCCGUAUGAUGGCCUUCCUCCUGGAACAGAAAUUGGCACAGGAGUACAAUUUCUUGGGAAGAAAUGGCAAGAGGAGCUUCAAGCCACUGAAGCUUUUUGAAGUCUUUUAUGAUUCAGCCUUGGGCAAGUUACCCUCAGGUGGGGAAACAGCACAGUCCAGCGAACUGAGCCUGAUAGACAGCGAGACUGAAAAAAAGGAUGACAACAAAUCUAAUGACACAGUGGAUUCUUGCAGGUGA